GCUGUUGCACUUACACGGAAUGUUUUGGUGUGGCACGUGAGAACGCGGAAGUACGGCUGUGUUUGUCGGAUUUGUUUAUUUUUUCCUCCUUUUACCGAAUUUAAGGGAAAAUAAUGGCGGUGAGCGCCGUCCACCUGGAGUCCGACGCCUUUCUGGUGUGCAUGAACCACGCGCUGAGCACAGAGAAGGAGGAGGUGAUGGGUCUGUGUAUCGGGGAGGUGGAGGUCUCCCGUAUCGUCCACAUCCACUCCGUCAUCAUCCUCCGCCGCUCCGACAAGAGGAAAGACCGGGUGGAAAUCUCCCCGGAGCAGCUGUCGGCGGCCUCCACGGAGGCGGAGCGGCUGGCGGACAUGACCGGCCGGCCGAUGCGGGUGGUCGGCUGGUACCACUCCCACCCGCACAUCACCGUGUGGCCCUCCCACGUCGACGUGCGGACCCAGGCCAUGUACCAGAUGCUGGAUCAGUGCUUCGUGGGCCUCAUCUUCUCCUGCUUCAUCGAGGACAAGAACACUAAGACGGGCCGGGUGCUCUACACCUGCUUCCAGUCCGUGCAGGCGCAGAAGGGCUCAGAGUACGAGCGCGUGGAGAUCCCCAUCCACGUCUUGCCCCGCGAGGCCAUCGGAAAGGUGUGCCUGGAGUCGGCCGUGGAGCUGCCGCGGAUCUUGUGCCAGGAGGAGCAGGACACCUACCGCAAGAUCCACAGCCUGGCGCACCUGGACCCCGUCACCAAGAUCCACAACGGCUCGGUGUUCACCAAGAACCUGUGCAGCCAGAUGUCGGCGGUGAGCGGGCCGCUGCUGCAGUGGCUGGAGGACCGGCUGGAGCAGAACCAGCACAGCAUCUUGGAGCUGCAGCGAGAGAAGGAGAAGUUAAUGCAGGAGCUGGCGGCUAUGUGAGGCAGAGGACAGUCCGGAGAUCAGUGCCAGCUGUCUGUUCCAGAGGACAAGAACAAUGUGCUGCCUUUAUUUGAGCUUCUUUUCUGUUUUCCUACCAUCCAGAUGUGUCUGGGUGUUGAACCUCAACACUUUGAGUGAAAAGUUUCUAACUGUUGACAUUAAAUGUCUGGUCAAUUCUGAGCUGCUUAUUCAUAAUUGGCUACAGUUUAAAUUUUUCUUCAGAAUACUGACAGGUGUCACACUUUAUGUGGGACUGUACAGCAUUUUAAAUGCUUGUCUCCAUGCUGCACAUGUUGGCACAGUGUCUCACAUUUUUUGAUUGGCUCCAAUCAAAAUUAAAACAUGCAAGCUGCAUAACAUGUUGCAGAAAAGACGUGUGCUCAUCUGUGGAUGAAUCCAUACUGAAAUGAGACAGAAUAAAAAUUGUUUUUUGCAAUGGAAAAAAGGGAAGGCUAUGAAAAGCAAAGCAAACUUCUUUUUUUGAUUUUAUGGUUACUGUAUUAUCUCAGAGAGGAAGUCACGCUGCCUCACACAGAUAUCCUCUUUUCCCCACAUUUAGCUGUUAGAAUCUGGUCACCUUAAAUAAAAGUAAAGUUUAAAUCGUG